AUGAACAGCACCAAACCGCUCGCUCGUCGCGACGCCUUGCCAUCGCCGUCAGAUGGCCCGGAGGACUGGGAGGACUGGGAAGAGGAUGGCCAAACAAGUCCAAUCGGCAGCGACAAAGGCCGGCUUCUAGUUCCUUCGGCCACCGCCCAAGGCACCUCACGCCUUAAAAUUGCGCCCCCAGGAUAUUCAGAAGCUCGCCAGGGAGCAGUUCGCAACUCGGUCCACAAACCAAAGAGGCUUUUCUCCCGGGGCCGACAGAAGGCCCAGAAUGCCAAGGCCGGGAUCAAGCUUGUGACGGACAUGUCCAAAUUCCGCAAGCAGCAGCAUAUUGCUUACCAGCUGAGAUCGGCCGCCGAAGCCGACUCGAGGACGGGCAAAUUUGUGGACGCGGCCGCUCUGAGAGCCCUCGAGGGAACGCCGACAUCUGCGUCCGUGGGCAGCUUUUCCUGGCUGAGGCGAAAGCAAGCAUUUGCAGGUGAGGUCAACUCGCCGCACCAACCUCACAGCGGGCUCUCCCCUGCCGACCGUCCGAUCAUGAUAGGAAUCGCUUUGCCAGAGGACGAUGCGGCGGCCCGGGUAAUCAGUCCGCAAACAGCUAUCAUUGAGACCCCGUUGGACUUGCGGAGACAUUUUCCUGCAUCCCAGCCCAACGCCUCCAAGACACCUGAAGCACAAGAACCCCAUUCGGUCUGGUCACCUGAUACGGAUGAUGGAUCGUCUCUUCCCGCAUCUCGUGUAGCCUCAAGCGUCUACUCCCAACCAGGCCGGCCCAGCUCACAGAGCGAUGUGCCACCAGUGCCGAUGCUUCCAUCUGCCUAUGCGAAUCCGUCUCACAGAGGCGACCAUCGUGUGGAAGAAGAUGAUGACGACGCUUUCACACCCGUCACUCUUUUCGAGGAGGACGGCAGCCCUGUGGAGACCAGGAAGAGAGCCAAGUCUGUACGAUCCAAAGGUCACACUCGAUCACCAGCCACAAUAGCAACGUUGUCCGGCUGGUGGGAUCAUGUUCAAACUCCUUUCAAGGAGACCCACAGCCCACUCACUCCUAAGCCCAAGAGCGAAGCUACUGAUGACGGCAAAAGCACGGCUGGAUGGUGGACAAGAACCAACGAGAAGCAGCAUGUAUCGCCUGUGGCUAUGAAUCAAAACACUCCAUCUGUGGCAUCUGUGGGAGGAAACAUCCAAACUGAACACACCUCAGCGAUGCCCCUUGCCAUAGCCUCCUCCUCGAGAGCACCACCGGUCAGUCCCGUGCAAGGAUCUGGAUCUCAGCAAACCCAGCCAAGUCAAGCUGGAAAGGUACAUCAUCUGGUCCUCGAUGAGGACAUUCCUACCGAGCAGCCACCGCCAUAUGAACCGCCAUCCAAGCAGGUACACUACAGGGCCGUUUUCCCUCCUGGACACCCGCUUCGCGCUCGCUUCCCAGCCUCUCCCGGCCCAUCAUCCCCCGGUUUGGCCAAUACCAUGACGUCGCAGGGCGCAAUCAGCAUGACAGAUGUACCGUUGACACCAGCCGCGAAUCGAUCCAAUCCAAGCCUGCCGGCUGAGCAGCGUCUUCCUGAUCGAGCCAUUGGUACUUUCGUGCCCACUGAGCAUUUUCUAAGCUCGGUGGGCAACUCCCCAGCAGCCAAGGUUGAGCGUCAACGACGGCGCCACGAGAAAGAGGACUUCGUGGCUCGGAAAUUUGAGGGGUUCUGGAAAGGCAGGGGUUACCUGCCGCAGAGUGGCUGUUAUGGCCGUCGUGGCCGUGAGGGCCGUAAGCGGAGGCGUGUUUGUCUCGGUAUCCUAGCUGGUUUUCUAGCUGCCAUCAUCCUCAUAGUCGUCCUGGCUGUCACGUUGACGCGGAACAAGAAGCCACAGGCCAGCCCAUAUUCUCCGUUUCUCAACCUCACCAACUUUCCCCCGAUCCCGACUGGGGUGCUCUCGGUGGUGGGAACGGCCUCGGACGGAAUGAGCGACUGCGUGCAGCCUGCUACGCUUUGGAGCUGCGCCCUUCCCAAGGAGCAGCAGGAGAAGAACAAACCCUUUUCCGCCAACCAGCCCAGCUUUGUUAUUCAAAUCCAAUUUGACAACAACACUCGCCAGCUUUGGGACGUGCCAGAUGGGCCGAUUCCGACCCCUGUUACUAAGGUAAGCAGUCAAAUUAUGAGCUCGAAGCUCAAGACGAGCCUUGCUAAUGGUCAGAAUCAGGGCUCGACACGGCGGGGAGCUGCCAGUAUCUUGCAGUAUUUGAGGAGGAGGAGGCGGGAACGCAGGCAGGCCCAGAUGAUCGACCCCGGUUUCACGCCGUCUCCAGCUCCUCCAUCGUUCCAGGAGAUGUACUUCCUCGGCAACACUUCGGACAAUAUUGUUUCAUCGCGCAAGGCAGGGGAGCCCACCCCAUUCUACAUCACUUUUCUACACUCGAUCAAUGAGACCGCCGGCCCCAAUGUGCUUUCACGGCGGGGCAUCGGGAACGGCAUCGAGGUCGGCGCCAACGGCAACAUUACUACAGUCCUCGACCCUGUCGAGAAAAACCCAGACGGCACAGGGGUGCCGGCAAAGAUGCUGACAUUUCCCGUGCAGCAACCGUUGCGCUUGUUUGACCGAGGGCUCCCUACAGAGCACUACGGUUUCUACAAUUUCUUCGACAAGACAGUCUACCUCAAGUCUAUCACCCCGCUCACCAACGGUACCUCUCGCUCGGGGGAUGUCCCCACCGACGAGAAAGGCGGAUCUCUCGAGACGGAGGCCAAGUUCUUUGUCUUGUGGGCGCAGACCAGGUUCCACGUGCAGAUCUGGACUCGUACGGAUAACACGACGAGUCUGCUUGGGUCGAGGAUCGACGCAUCCGGCAACGCAGUCCCGAUCAGCAACAGCACACAGCCGGGGACCUUUCCUUACCCGAUUACGAUCGGGGAGGAUCUGCACGGCGGGAACCACGACAAGAAGGGGACGCUGGCCUACCCUGUGGAUGACAGGCAGAAAAUCGUGGAGACGGACCCCAAGACGGUGCUGGUGGACUAUGGCUUCCUGGGGACGAGCGUGAACCACGAGGCGGAUCCGAGCUGGGGUGGCAUCGACGGGGGCACGGGCGGGUGCCGGUGUGCAUGGACUAACUUCCGGAAGACUAGGCCGGUGUAA